GUUUGGAGGCACCUUGUGCGUCUUGGACUGUUGCCGCGUAAGGGCUGCCGCAGCGGUGGUGGCGGCGCAUCGUUCGCUGCUUGCGAGUGCGAUGGCGUUGAAUCCGAACCGACGGCGACCGCGCGUCCCCAGCGGCAGGACACCUGAGAAGGUGGCAAAGCCCAAAGCCGGGCCCCUCUACCAACUCCGCGCGCGCGUCGCGUGCGAGGCCCUCAAUUUUAGAGAUCCCGCCAGCACGGAACGCGGCAUCGUGAUUACGGGGGGCUACCGCGACGACGGCGGCGCCGACUGCGCUCAGGCGAGGUACUUCGACCACCGACGCGGCGUAGGGCCGUUCCACGACGUUCCGCCGAGCGGCCAGUGGGACGGAUGGGCGGUAAGAGGCCGCUAUGAUAAUUUCAGAGAAGCCAACGCGCCGGGUAACGAAAGCAAUAAGAUGGAGGAGUCCAUGCAGCUGCAGUUCGACAAAACUGGAGAAGGAGAGUGCGACGUUGUAGGCUCGGGCACGAACAGCUUCGGCAAGUUCUUCAUGUGCGGGACCGGGGAGCGCGGCUCGGACGGCGUCUGGAAAUUAGAUGUGUCUCGGGGAUAUGCCAGCGCCGGCUGGAGUUCCGAGUCGCUGCGUGCGUACGCGGCGCCGCCCGUGGCGGCGCCGGCUUCUGACUUCGUGGCGUCGCUAGUCGAAGCUGCGGCGCCGGCGCCGGCCAGAAACUACGCGGCGAGGCGCGAGGCGAGGCGCGCGGCACACGCGUCUGCCGGUGCCGCUACAAGAGGAUCUCACCACGUGGCGAGGCGCGAGGCCGCCGUGGUGCGGCCGGCGACGUCUACCGCGCGCUUCCCGAUCGGCGAGCAAGUAGAGAGUACUGUUAAGACGCCCUGGCCGAAUGAUCGAGGCGUCGUCAUUACUGAGCGCGGAAACAGCCACAGAGAAGUGGUGACGACGAAGGACUCCGUGGUCGUUUUGCGACCUACUGAAUUAAAGCCGACGACGUUGACGGACGAGGAGGCCGAACUUUGCGCCGCGACGCUCGAGCGCUUGAGGAGCUCGACGAAGGACUACGUCCAAGCGAGGAUCGACGGCACCAUCGUCGUCGGUGACAACAAUGGUCGAGAGAUUAGAAACCGCUUCGAGAGCGCCGAGAACGGCGAGGAGUUGCGGCAGUUCGAGGUGCGCGAGACUGACGUCCGGUGUGCGCUCUGCCCGGGACACACGUGGCCUUUGGGCACGGAUAUUGGUGGCAUGUUGAGCAAACUCAGGUAUCAUUUAGAUUUGAGAAAUCCGGCGGCCCCCAUGCACCGCGAGCGCCUCGUGGCCACGGCAUCGGACUCGUCUUGGAGGACGCCACCGCUCGUGACAGUGACGUCUACCGCGCGCUUCCCGAUCGGCGAGCAAGUAGAGAGUACUGUUAAGACGCCCUCUGUCGGAGACCAUCGACAGUGUCUGAACGUGCUGUUUUGUCCAAGAAUACUCGGGGCGCGAUGGCGUGCGUCUGCGAGGUUUUGUCGAAUGUCGUCUUGAAACCUGUCUUUUACCUGAAAAAAAAUGAAAAAACGAAACAAAAAGAAGAAAAACAAAAAAGUUAGACACCGGGCCGCAGCCUUCCGGUAGGGCGCGUGACCGUCUAAUGACCAAUAAAAAAA